UCCAAAUUUCUCUUCCUCUGCCUAUUUCGCUUUCCGGUGACCGCCGAUCAAAUAUCCCGGCAACACGCGGCCACAUUCGAUCUGUACAGCUCAAUCUCCAGUUCCAUCUUCAACACUCAACGUUUGGAUUUCUAGCUGGUGUGAUUGUGAUGUGCUGAAGGCUAUCAGGGCUACCGCAAAAUGGCCUUUGCUGAUGUCAUCAUAUGUUGCCUUGAUUCCAUCAGACAAAUAUCAGAGCACAUUGAAGGCGCAACUAUAUACUUAGAUGCGGGAUGUACUGAGAGUUUCCAGUUUCUCGGAGCAUUCCCUCUGUUACUGGAGCUUGGAGUACAUGCUGUUUGCAGCUUGGAAGACAUGUCUCCUCUUGAUAUGGUGGUCGAUUGGAGUCCAAAAUCAGAUCCUGCAAGAAAAGUUGUGGUCUUCGCAUCACGGCUUUUAAGUGAUUCACAUCGUUAUGUCUUACGUUGUCUUAGCACACAUCAAAAUGUUUGCAAUUGCACUAUAUUUACAUCCAUCUCAGAGAUAGCUCACUCAGCUUAUCCUGAUUCACCUCUAGGACCUGAUGCUUUUCGCGAAUAUGAAUCCUUGCUUGUCCAAGAUUAUGAGGAGCUCCUUAAAAGAUGUGAAGCAAAAUCUAAACAAUCAGGAGAAAGCAAUGCCAAGGAAAAUUUGAUAGCGGAUGAUGAUGGAUGGUCGCAACUCACUUCCAGUAAAGAAGAAACUUCUGCCGUUGAAUCAGGUUCAGGUGCAAAAGAAACAUAUGAAGAUGAGCCAACAGGCCAUGUCGAAGAUGUUGGGCAAAAAUUGUUUGUUUCGGUGCAUCACUUCCCUCUGAUAUUGUGCCCCCUUUCCCCCAGAGUUUUCGUCUUGCCUUCAGAGGGGUCAGUUGCUGAAGCAUAUUUAUCGGCUCAGCACGAGAAUUCCCUUAGUCCUGGGUUGCCUCCCUUAAGUGCUGGCUUACCUCCUGAUGGCGAGGAUACCCCUCCUGGGGCUACCCUUACAGCACAAUUUCUCUAUCAUCUGGCUGCAAAGAUGGAUCUGAAGACGGAAAUAUACUCCCUUGGCGAUUUAUCAAAAACUGUUGGGAAGCUGUUGACAGACAUGUCCAGUCUUUAUGAUGUAGGGCGUCGGAAACGAUCAGCUGGGCUGUUACUCAUUGACCGCUCACUUGAUCUUCUGACCCCAUGCUCUCAUGGGGACUCGCUCAUUGAUCGAAUCUUUUCAGCUUUGCCUCGUAGGGAACCAACAUCAUCUCCUCACAUGAAAGGUUCACAAACUCAACUCAAGCAUGGCCCUAUUGACUUGCAACGUGCUCCUCUUGAUGUUCAGAUACCAUUGAAGUUUCUCAGGGAAGAAGAUUCUACUACUGAAAGUUUCCAACUGUUAGAAAGCAUUGAAGCUUUUCUCCAUGGGUGGAAAUCUAGGAACUUAACUUUUCAGACUGUAGAUUUGAUUAAUCUCAAUACUAAACUACAAGAUGAAAGCGAAAAACCUUUUCGUUCUGCGGGCAAGAUACUUAAUGGAUCAUUUGUAUCAGCAGAAAGUUUUCGUGGAACGCCCUACCUAGAAGCCAUUUUAGAUAGGAAAACCAAAGAUGGUUCCGUCCUGAUAAGGAAAUGGCUUCAAGAAGCUUUACGUCGGGAAAAUAUAAAGGUGAAUGUGAAGAUUCGUCCUGGUUUUGUGACAAAAUCGGAGUUACAUCCUCUUAUUAAAGCACUGGCUAGAAGCGAUUCAUCUUUAAUGAGAAACAAAGGAAUUAUUCAGCUAGCUGCGGCAACAUUACAUGCUUUGGAUGAAAUAAAUAGUGCCAAAUGGGAUGCACUUAAAAGUGCUGAGAAAAUGUUAAACAUAAGUGCUGGAGACACUAGCCAGAGCCUUGCUGCUCAAAUUAGUGACCUUAUCAAUAAGAGUGCUGUAGUAGGAUCACAUGUAAAGAAAAUUGGUACGUUGGAGCCUUCACAGGGGAUUCUUUCUUUCCAAGAUGUCUUACUCCUCAUAGUUUCUGGAUAUAUAUUGGCGGGUGAGAAUUUUCCAACCUCUGGUUCUGGAGGUCCUUUUUCUUGGCAAGAGGAGCAUUUCAUGAAGGAAGCUGUUGCCGAUGCUGUUCUAGAUAACCCAGGUGUAGCAAAACUGAAGUUCCUCAAUGGUCUAACAGAAGAGCUUGAAGCGAAGUUUAACAAGAUGAACUCAGAGGUAGCGAAGGAAGAAUCUAUGAGCCAAUUACAAAGUGAUGAUUUUGAUGAUGAUCAAUGGGGUUGGGGUGAUGAAGAUGCAGAUAAAAAUACUAAGAAAGAGCAAGUGUACGGUGACAUGCAGCUGAAGUUGGAGUUGCGUGAUAGGGUGGAUAACCUUUUCAAAUUCCUCCACAAGUUAUCCAGUAUGAGGAGGAGGAAUCUCCCAUUGAGAGAAGGAACAUUUGGGGUGGAAAGUAAUUUCAGUGGGGAUCUCUACACCAGUAAGGGACUGAUUUAUAAACUACUGACUAGGAUCUUGGGAAAACAUGAUAUACCUGGUUUGGAGUACCAUUCCUCUACAGUUGGGCGCAUUUUUAAGAGUGGGUUUGGCAGGUUUGGCCUUGGACAGGCAAAACCAAGUCUUGCUGACCAAAAUGUUCUUUUGGUGUUUAUAAUUGGGGGCAUCAAUGGAGUUGAGGUACGUGAUGCUCAGGAGGCAUUAUCGGAAAGCGGGAGACCGGAUAUAGAACUGAUUCUUGGCGGAACCACUCUUCUAACUCCUAAUGACAUGUAUGAUUUACUUUUGGGGGACUCUAGUUACAUUUGAGUCUACCGAACAUUCUUUUCUCUUAUUGAUUGGAGUAUUAGAGAGAGAGAGAGAGAGAGAGAGAGAGAGUAUGUAUGUAAAUUGUCUAGUUUUUGUUAGCCUAUUGUAUAAGUUGAUAAUGUUGUGUAAUUGGGAAUUAUAGUUAUUAGCACCAUACAGCCCUCCUGACCGAAGAUACAAGGCCAGAAAUGAAGAUAUACUUGCAUCA